AUGCAAGUGGGGAUCAUGACGCAGGCAGGUAGCCUCCUCCUCCGGACUGGUUGGGGAAGCUUUCUACAACAGGUUAGUUCGCUCCCUGACCGAGUGUAGCCCGUAGAACUGCUCUUUCCAAGCCUCGUGUGGGAGCGUUCAAGUGGAAGCUGGAAAGCAAGAGUGUGAGAUCGGCACUUCCUCCUUGUAUAACAUCUUGUACUCCCGUCCUCCGCCAACUCACAUCUUCCCAAAACCGGAAUCAUCACCAACCUGGAACACCGUUUCCCUUCGUCUUCACACGUCUUACUUCUCCGUCCCAUAAGCCAACACUAUCAACCCCACUCGGGACACACAACAACAACCAUGGCGGCCACCAAAGUCGACAAACUCACCCCAACCGACCCCCGCGUGCAACACCACACCUACACCAUACCCAACUCACCCCACAACAAAACCUACCACUACCUCCUCGCCGAGCCUUCCUCCCCCACCAAGCCCGUCGCCACAGCCCUCCUCCUCCAUGGCUUUCCGGACCUGUCCUUUGGCUGGCGCUACCAGGUGCCCUACCUGCUGUCGCUAGGCCUGCGCGUCGUGGUGCCGGACAUGGUUGGCUACGGCCGCAGCGAUGCGCCGCGCGACCUGGCCGCGUACUCAUACAAGGCCGUCGUCGACGAUCUCGUGGCGCUCGUCGAACACGUCCAACGGGGCACGGAGCAGGAGGGGCAGAAGAUCGUCCUGGGCGGGCACGACUGGGGCGGCGCGGUGGUUUGGCGGUUCGCGCUGUGGCGGCCCGAGGUGCUGAGGUGCGUGUUCAGUGUCUGCACGCCGUUUUGGCCGGUCAGUGAGGUGUAUGUGUCCAAGGAGGAGCUGGUCAAGAGGCUGCCGAAUUUUGGGUACCAGCUGCAGUUUGAGAAGACGGAGGUUGACGAGGCGGUGGUGGGAAGGGAUAAGAUCAGGGCGUUUUUGAGUGUCAUGUACGGGGCCAGACGGGAUGACGGGCAGGCUGUGGUUGAUACGACCAAGGGCGUGCGGCUGGAUUUGUUGGAGGUUAAUAAGAUUGGAGAGAGUCCGCUGGUCAGCCGGGAGGAGAUGGAUUACUACGUGGACGAGUACGUCAAGAACGGGAUGAGGGGACCUCUGUCCUGGUACAAGACGACGAAGAUCAACUAUGAUGAGGAGAGGACGCUUCUGGAGGAGGGCAAGAAAACCAGGAUCACGGUGCCGUCGCUGAUGGUCACUGCGACAAGGGAUGCCGCGCUGCCGCCUGACAUGGCGGCUGGGAUGGGAAAGUGGGUCGAUAAUCUUGUCACCAGACAGGUCGAUGCGUCUCACUGGGCGCUGUGGCAGACGCCAGCUGAGACAAACCAGUAUAUCGGCGAGUUUCUGGAAGGCACUCUGAAGGACCAACCCCUGAAGGCUUCGAUCUGAGAAGAGGGCGGGGGUCGCAUAUGUAGUUUAGGAUCCUAAGUCGGCUGAGAUGAAGAGUAGCAUUGAGUUCGAUUCCUUCCCACAGAACGGCUGGGAAUUGACCAAAAAGGUAUCGUCCGCCGCCACCAAACCCGCCAUAUGCCUUUGGGCGGCUGAAGCGGUCUCGCAGCUGGCGUUUCGCUUCUUCCUUUUUUAACCCUGGCCAGUAUCUGCCUCUUGGCACAGCGCGACGAGCUCUAAGAGUACUGUGUAGAACAGGGCAC